CUACCGGUGCACGGUGCACUCUUGGCUUGCUGCUUCUGUAACAACAUACAACUUGUAGGCACAGAAAUGGGAGCAUGCUAGAAAAGGCCAUCAAUUUACGUGCACCGCACACCAAGCUAUGCAAUCUGAAAUAACAGUUAUCUGACUUGCUUUUUGCCCCUUACUAUCUUUCUUGCUCGCUGACUACCAUAUGGAUUGUGGCCUUACAUGGGUAAAUCUAUCGGCUGGUGCUAUCAUACUAAUCCACUAAAUUAAGCUGAUAACGAAUCUCCGAUGCAAUUACAGCCAGAUUCAAUAACGACUUCCCUCUCUGAUUCUCUUUUUGCAGAUUUUACGAGCCACAUACCGUUAGGAACGAUCAACAAUCAUGGGCGAAACAGACGAUAAGGAUACAGCGCCCCCAGCGGCCCCCACGGAGAAGCCCACAACGGAAUCACCUGCUGCCCCCGAGCCCCACCAAGAACCGGAAGCCGAUCCCAAGGAAACCGAGAAGCUACUGGCCACCCGCGAGGAAAAGACUGACGACAAAGAAACCGAAAAACCUGCCGAUGAGAAGAAGAAGAGCAGCGAAAACGUGAACGGCACCGAGGAGAUCAUCAACAUCCCGGACGAAACCUCAACCGAAACGGUCAAAGUGGAAGACGAGAAGGCCAAAACGGAAAAGCCCAACAAAGUGCAAGCAGAAGAGCGAGAGGUUAAGCCGAAGAAAGUUCCAGCUGGUGCCUUCAAACUGCCAGGAUUCUUCAACAAGGGCAAAGCCAAGGAAGCCGAUGGAGCCGAUAACGAACUACUAGAAAAGCAAGAAACCGAUAAGGACGCCAAGGCAGCGGAAGCCGAAGAAAAGCCAAAACGGGCAGGAUUCUUCGCUAAUCUCCGUUUGCGUAAUCCUUUUGCCAAGAAACAAGCCGAGCCGGUGCCAACCGAAGACAACAAAGCCAAACCCGAUGAGGAAGAGAAUGACGAAGUAACGGCAGAGGCCACUGACAAGAAGCCCGAGGAAGAAACUCCUGCCGAGAAGAAGGAAGAGGAAGCCGGACAGGCCCCGAAGAAGGGUCUGCUGGAUGCACUGAAAGUUCCACUAGCCAGUAUAAUCCCGAAAAGGUUCAAAUCUGCAACCGGCGAGGGUGAAGACGAUCUGGAGCUUGGCAAAAGACCAAAGAACCGCGCCGGCUUGGCAUCGAUGGAAACGCUCGAUGAUUCGAUGAAGGACACCGAAACGAAGGAUACCGUGGACAACAAACCGGGCGCCAAUGGAACCGACUCGGAAGCUUUGGUCAAACCCGAGGAGAAGAAAGACGCCGAAAAGGAAGAGGCUGAAGAACCUGCGCCGUCCAAAUAUCCCUGCUUGGAACGCAUACGGAACUAUAGAUGCACAGUUGACGACAUUGCCAUCAUCACCGGAAUUGUGGUGUUCCUGCUGUUGCUUGCCUUAAUCAUUGCCUUUACGUUUAUCGGUAAAAGCGAACCGGUUACCGCUCCAGUUCGGGACGGAAAGUACAUCGAAACGGUUACGUCAUGCGGAAAAGUCGAAGGUAUACUGGAGGAUGGCGCGUUUGCGUUCCGAGGAAUCCCGUAUGCCGUACCACCGGUAGGCCCUCUUCGUUGGAAAGCUGCACAACCAAUCGACAAUAUAAACUACUGCUGGAAUGAGACCCUCAAAGCGCACAACUCUACGCCGGUUUGCUGGCAGUUCUACGCCGACGGAAAGGUCGAUGGUGCCGAAGAUUGUCUUACCCUGGACGUUAUCACUCCCCAUGUGCGAUACGACAAUCCACUGCCGGUGGUUGUCCUGAUUGGCGCCGAAUCCUUCACCGGAGAUUCUCCCGGAAAGCUUCGCCCAUCUACACGCUAUGCACGUGCUCGUGACGUAAUCUUUGUGCGUCCCAACUUCCGCCUGAACGUUUUCGGUUUCCUUGCUCUUGAACAGCUCACAAAAUCAUCUCACCCACCAACUUCGGGUAACUAUGGUCUCUCAGAUAUAAUCGCGGCCCUCAAGUGGAUCCAACUUAACAUUGCUCAUUUUGGCGGUAAUCCCGAAUCGGUCACUCUCUUCGGACAUCGUGCCGGAGGAACUAUGGUUGCCGCCCUUGCGUCAUCCAACAAGACUUCUAAAUUGUUUGCCAGAUCCUGGAUUUCAUCAGCUGCCUCGAUUUACCCUGGAAACCCUCUGCCCGAAUCGGAGAAGGCCAACACUGCUUAUCUGGGUCGCAUUAAGUGUGAAGACGCCGAAUGUCUACGUGACAAGGAGGAUGAAGAUGUUCUCGAUGCCGUUCCGGAUACUUGGAGAAGAAUUUUCCCAGAUCUCCCAUCCGUCGAAGAAAACGCUACUGCAAACCAUGAGUGGCUCGUCCUGGAUGGUCACAUCCUUCAGCAGCAUCCGGCUGAUGUCUGGAGUACGGAAACUGGAAAGCUAAAGUACGUGAUUGGAAGCACCGCUCACGAGAGUCAUUCUGAGAAACUUUAUAUGAAGUAUACCGAGUGGACCCCAGAGUUGGUUACAAAACACGUUAACGAGAGCAAAAUUGGAGAACUUGGACUCACUGAAGAAGCCUUGAAGCGGUACAACGCCACCUAUCAGGGAUUAGUUGCCAUGAUCUCGGACAUCCGAACCGUCUGCCCUUUGAUGACAAUUUCUCAGAAAUUGCUCACUUCUCAGUUCUAUGUAGUAACGCAAACCGGAGGCGAGCUUGGCAUUGCAAACGUCGACUCGGACAUUCAGGCUAUCCUGGGCCGCUACGAACCGAAAACUCCAGAGCAGAGACGAUACGUCUCCGCCAUUCAGCAGCUAUUCUAUCACUACGUCUCACAUGGUGAGAUCAAGUCGGAACUUCGACGAAAACUGCUCGAUAUUGGGCAAGACGCACUGCCAACAUACAACAGUGAGAAUUGCGAUUUCUGGAUCAAGAACGACGUAGUUCCGCGUUAUGCGCGGCUAGAUUAAAGUGUGACAAUAGGAUAGUGAGUUGUUCUAAAUAGGCGUAACGCUAAGCAGAACCAGUUAUUUAAUGUAUCGCUCUCUGUCUCCCGUCUUUCUUACUUCCGAGCUGCAUAACAGAGCGGGACCAUUAUUGCAUGGAAACCAUAGAAUCAGGCCAAAUAUUGGACCUUUUUUCUGCUUCCUACAAAAAAAGGUAGCUUUUUGAUACGAACAGAUUUUACAGUCGCCCACUUUUACGGGCUGAUCUUUUCCUCCCCUAUAUCUGCAGUAUUAGCGAAAUAUUAUCCUAUAUACUAAAAAACAAACAUCAGUUCGUUCCAGAACGACCGCGCAUAUUGACCAAAAAUAUUCACGAGUAGAUUUCACAACUCAUAAAUUACGCAUACUCGAACACAUUUAGGACAAUUUUUAAAACAACAUUUGAGAAACCUUUUCGCUACUCAGUAAAACACAAAUUGCAUUUAAAAAAAUGAUAAAAACAGCAAAAAUUAUAUCGAGAAGAUAGACAUAGAGUACCGGCGAACAAGAAACGAGUACAGCAAGAUCCGCAUAUGAUGAAAGAUGGAUUUACCGAACGGUUGAUUAGCGAGUGCACAAACCUUAUCUGGUUGCUGGUAAUUUUGAUCAUUUCGGUCAAUUUGAGAUCAACUUCCGAUAGUUGUGAAUGGAAGAGGUAGUAGCGCCUCUGAGUAAUUUAUUAGGAACAACGCGAAAGUGGUCCGUCUUCUUUGUAUGCAAUCUUUUGAAUAAAGUAGGAUUAGCCUCCCAUAACAGCAUGUUUUGCUAAUAGUUAGUCCCCAAAAUGGAACAAUUACGAUGCAUGAAAAGCUAAUACAAUGAAAUGGCUGUAAAAAGUUAUAGCUUUUAAAUAUUACAAUUAUGAGACAGAUUGAAAUCGUAAUAUAUUAAACAAAUCUCAUUAAUUUAUAGUGAAACAAAACGAGAAGAACGUGAAACACAGAAAACGGUACAGUCGAGAGGAUUCUCCAAAGAAGAGGAUUAUUUUCUGUUUGUAGGAAAACAAAAUCUCUCUCUUAAAAAAUGAGCGAAAGCAGAUUGUCUAAGAACAGUGUCGGCAUCGGUUUAGUACGUAGCGCAUAUUGUUGUAAUUUAUACUUAUGAAUGUAACUUGUAAUUAUUGUGUACUAUUUCGCGCAUGUUUUAGUUCCAUGACAAUUUAGUGAUCUUUUUAAGUAAGGCAUCUCCUCAGAUUUGUCCCUCCUGAUUGGUAGUCGCACGGUAAGGCAAUAGUUUUAAAGAGGUGGAAUUAGACAUACCUCUAUUCAAUGCAUUUCAUUUCUGAGCAAAGAGACAUACAUACAUGCAUUCAUUUAUUUAAUCAGAAAAAAAAGAUCAUGUUUCGUAGAAAAAAAACCUGCAACUUAUUAAAAUCCUGGGUCAUCAUCCCCCUCCAUCAAAACGCCGUUGAAAUACAAAUUUUG